AUGCCACUACGUCUACAAGAAAACAAUGCCACUGCUCCGUCUUCCCUUUCUGGCCAGCCUCAACAGCAUGAAAUAAACCGAAACAUCCGAUUGACUCUACUUUAUGCUCUCAUUGGAUUUGCAGGUCGCUCCAUCUGGAGCCAAAGCGUCUUGGCUACAUAUGUAUAUCUAUUAUCAGAUGAGAAUGCCCAAGCUCUUGGAUCCAUAACUGGUGUCAUGGGAAUGUGUCAAUUCUUGGCUUGCAUUCCCGCAGGCUAUGUUGCUGAUACUCACAGAAGGGAUUUUAUGCUCAAGAUUGCUUCUGCUAUGGGAUUGCUGGCCAUUGGCUUUACUCUUCUUCAACUGUAUGCCUUUGGAAACUCCUACAGCUUAUUGGUGGCAGCAUUGGCAGUUUGGGGCAUCUUUUGGGGUAUUACCAAUACCUCACUAGGAGCAAUCUUUGCCGAUUCCAUUUCUGAUGGAGAUCGAUCCUACUACUUUACACUGCGGUCUAUUCUCCUCAUUUUGGGAAACACUGUUGGACCCACCAUGGCACUCGCCCUGUUCUAUUUUCUGGGUGAUAAUUGGACUAUGCGGGAGUGUGCCAUUGUCAUGGGUUUAGGCCAAGCUGUCUGUUUGCCUGCUGUGUUGCUCUUGGUACUCUUGAAUGAUGAUGAUGUCCCUUCUUCUCAAGACCACAGAAGAGCACGAACUGCAACUGAGAGACAACCCAACCAGACCACAAGGAACUCAGAUUUGACAGAACCACUUUUGCCAACAAUAUCCCUUGAGCAGCCAACCCUCAAUGACGAUCUGGAUACUACAGAAACUGCUCAGGGCCAUGAGAACUGUGGUGGUGUUGAACAUGAAUACUCAUCCUUUUGUCAAUUGGAAGGUGGUGUGAAUGCUUCCAUAGAGUCCCCUGAUCAACAACACACUGAAUUCCUCUACUGCUGUGUACCAAAAUGGCGGGCAGCUGCCAUCCUGAUCAGCAUGGCAGAUUUGACAUCAGGCAUUGCAUCAGGCAUGUCUAUCCGCUACUUUCCCAUCCUCUUUCUUGAACAGUUGCAACUGAGUCCUGUCCAAGUCCAAGUGCUGUACCUGGUGGCUCCUUUAUGUCAAGCCUGUCUCAUGAUAUCUGGCCAACACUUUUCAAAACAAUAUGGCCGGUGUCAUGUCACUGUGGUACACAAGUGGAUUGGUGUUUCUUUCAUGUUAGUGCUUGUGCUGUUUGUUCACCUGGAUUAUCCUGCUUGGAUCAUUUGUGUUGUGUAUGUGGUCCGGACAGCAUUCAUGAAUUCAACUACCCCUUUGACCAAGAGCAUGUUAAUGGACAAUGUACCUGCCAAUGAAAGGGGCCGUUGGAAUAUCCUUGAGUCAGUCAACAUGUUUUCUUGGUCUGGAAGUUCCUUUCUGGGUGGUUUUCUUGUGUCUUUGCUGGGUCUCUUACCAACCUUUUGCAUCACAGCAAGCAUACAGCUUAUGGCAACAUUGCCGGUCAUUGCUCUUGCGCGGGCUGUCAAUGUGGGCCAAGACGGCAACGUAAGUGAUGAUUCGACGGCGUCAUCCUCGUCGUCGUCAGAAGAAGAACAAGGUGAGAGUACCGUUCCAUCAAGUGCAUCAGGAAACUGA